AUAGAAAAGAAAUUUCUUACUUUAUGGUCAAAAGUCGAACAUCACAACUGGCUUUGCUGUGUGGAGGACUCUCCGACUAAAAUAGCCUCUUCAUCGUCUUCAAGUCUAGUUUCGAAGCAAACCCAAUCUUGGGUUUGGUUUAUUGGAAGAAAGUUUUUUAUGAUACUAAGAUAUACAUAGUUAUAAUUCGAUAAGAAUUCUUCAUAUUUAAGGCAAACCCGAUAUGAUAUACGAAUAGAUGGGGAAUUUAUUCGUGAAGAAGCCUAAGAUCACCGAGGUCGAUCGAGCUAUUCUCUCUCUCAAGACUCAGAGACGCAAGCUUGCUCAGUACCAACAACAGCUUGAAGCUGUAAUUGAAGCCGAAAAGCAAGCUGCAAGGGAUUUGAUUCGCGAAAAGAAAAAGGAAAGAGCUUUGUUAGCAUUAAAGAAGAAAAAAGCACAGGAAGACUUAUUGAAGCAAGUAGAUACCUGGGUUAUCAAUGUUGAGCAACAGUUGCUAGAUAUUGAACUGACAAGCAAGCAGCAAGCUGUAUUUGAGAGUUUGAAGGCUGGUAAUAAUGCGAUUAAAGCCAUACAAAGUGAGAUCAACCUUGAGGAUGUUCAAAAGCUAAUGGAUGAUACUGAUGAAGCUAAAGCUUACCAAGAUGAAAUUAAUGCAAUUUUGGGGGAGAAAUUAUCAGCAGAAGAUGAAGAGGAUGUUUUGGCAGAAUUUGAGAAUUUGGAAGCUCAGAUCACUGUUCAAGAUCUGCCUAAAGUUCCUGCUUCUGUGGUAUCUCCUCAAGAAGAUGAGAAGUUGGACCUUCCCGAUGUACCAACCAAAGCACCAGAUGCACCUGAUGCGGUCGCAUAUGAUACCGAAGUUGCCUCUAAGAAAAAAGUUAUGGAAGAACCAUUGGUGGCUUGAUUGGAUUGAGCAGUUGAAUUAGGUUUACAUAUUGUCAAAGCUGUUUACAAACUUAAACUGUCCAUCGAUUCUGCAUCCAAGCAUGUACCAGCAAAAAUUAUUUUUGUGUGGAGAACGUUGAUUGUGUGCUUGUUUCUUUCGCCCCAAAUUGGAUUGUACAGAUAUGUAUUGCACAUGUUUUUCUACUGUAGUCAUCUGUAAAAGUAAUGAAGUACCUUUUGUUGCU